AUGGAUUGGAUACGGCAUUACUAUCCAAAGGAGCUUCUGGAGCUGAACUCCGGCCUGCUCGUCUCGUACAACCUCUCUGCUUCGGUACGAAACGCCGCUCACGAAGAAGUGACGCGAGCAGAUCUGAAGAUUCGAGUGCAUUCAACUAAACGGCACUCUUCUCAAAUAAACAUCUAUGAAGUUGAUGAGAAGCAUCCGGAGAUACGGAGGUUAAUUGACACAAAGUCGAUCGUCGCUCUCAAUGCAACACGACAAAGUCAGUGGUUUGACUUCGAUGUCACAUCAGCGUUUCAAUCGCCACGUAGCGAUCACGAUACGGUUGUCUUCCUUAUUGAACACCCGGACGUCGUCAUUUAUACUUCUGAACCACAUUCCAUGUCUGCCGUUCCUUUCACUCGGCAUCAAAGUUUUCCCCUCAUUGUCUACAGCGCCCUCAAGGAGCCAUCGCGAGUGCGACGAAAACGUGCCGCGACACCACCGCGUCGCGAACGAAAGAAGCAACGCAAGCAACAUCAUCGUAACGGGACCGACAGCGGUAUUUGCCAGAAAAAGGCGCUUUACGUGGAUUUUGAGGAAAUCGGUUGGCAAGAGUGGAUUUUGGCACCAAGUGAGUUGGAAUUCAAAGCGCAUCUUACUCGAUUUUCAUUAUUGGCUGUCUUUGAAAAGCAGCGUGCAGUGGACCACCAAUAG